AUGAACUCCGUGUUAUCGGACGAGAGCUGGGACGAGCGCUUCGCUUUCCCCGAAGUUAACGCUGAGAACCAGGCGGUGACAGCGGAGAUUCGUAAAAAAGAAGCAAAGCUGGUGCAACUGGAAAACAAGCUCGAGAGCAACAAGGAUCAAAAGCAGUUAAUGACCGAGUUCCUCAAAAAUGGUCAACAAGAGCUGGAGAACACUGUGGCUUUAUGUAAGGCCAAGGAAAGAGAAGAAGCGUUGGAGAAGCACCUCAAAGCCCUCGCAGAGAGGGAGACAGGACGCCUGGAGCAGGAUACGACAAAGAUGGAGAAUGAGCGUCGAUCUUUAGCAGAGAGGAGAAACAUGCUGGAGAAUCACAUCUUCAAGACCAACCAGAAGCUGGAGGAGUUUAGGAACCAGAUGGACUGGGACCAGCAGACCAUGGAGAACUUUUUGGAGGAGUCAGCACGUCAAGAUGAGGACGCAAUGGCCAUCAUGAAGUACGCCAAGCAAGAUGAGCAUAAGAUAAAGUCACUCACUCUGGCUAUAGAGAAGAAGACACUGGAAGCCGGUGAAAAGCGAAAGACAGUUGACAAGGAGUUGACUGAGACAAUAUCUGCACAGCUUGCUUUGGAUAAGAUGACAGAUAAUUUGCAGCAGACUCACCUGGAGACACAGCAGCUGAUCCACCAGUGGGAAAUGACUGUCAAGCAGAUGAAUCAACGUGAUGCUGAGAUGCAGCAGUGUGCACUGCAACUUGCCGAAGCUAACCAGACUAUCAGGGAAAGGAAUGCCACCAGUAAAGAGAGGAAGCACUUGCUGGAUGAUCAGAGGAACAACAACAAGGAAACUGAGAGGAAGAUGUCUGGAGCCCAGCGGCAGGCUGUGAAGCUGCGGCUGGAUCUGAAGCAGCAGGAGAAUAACUGCAGAGCGCUGAAGGAUGAGCUGGAUAGUUGCAAGGGCGCACGAGACAAAGCCACCUCCAGUGUGAAGUCUGUGACAAGCAACAUAUCCAGAAUGAAGAAAGACUUCCAGGAUAAUGACGAGAAACUCAAGGAGGCCAGGGCGUAUAACACUGCGCUGGAGCAGAAGCUUAAAGAAGUGACUCAGACUGCCCUGAGUGAGGAGGAGAGAGCUGCUCAGAUGGACCAGUUUCUCAGGGAUGAGGACGAGGAAAUCAAGGAGCUGGAUGUGCAGCUGCGUGACUGCAGACAUGAGCUGUUCCGUCGUAAAGAGCAUUUGCAGGCUCUAAAGACCAAGGGGAAGGAUUCUGUCGCCUAUGUUUCCAGGAGCAAAUCCACCAUCACCGGCCUGGACAGCCAGCUGAGAAAACAGGAGAAAGACUUAUUAAGACAGCAGAUGAUCAUUAAUGAGCAGGACUCCAAGGUCAUCAACCUGGAUAGAAAACUGGCACGGCUGCAAGGAGACGUCCAGCUCGAUGAAAAACAAGCGCUGGACAUGAAUAUCGCUGAGCUGACCAAAGCCCUGGAAGGGAAGAAGAUGUCAGCCACCAUGCUACCCAGCAUUCUCAAGGAGUCUGAGGAAGAUAUUCGCUUAUUGAAGAAAGAAAUGAGAAAGUCAGAAGCUCAAAAGAGAGAUGUGACCGAGAAGGUAGAGGAGCUAAUGCUGCUCCGUGUUACCAGUGAGAAGGAGCUGAAGACACUCCGGCUCAGGAAACAGGACGACCUGGUGGAGCUUAACAUCUUGAAGGUGGAGGUCAAGCGCAUUAGAGAUCUGCUGUACGACAAGACGGACACUGUGCUGUCGUUGGAGAGGAGGAAGCUGGGUCUGCAGACAGCCUUAAAGGAGAGGGAGGCUGAGAUCAAGGUCUACAGGGAGAUGCUCGGCCAGAAGCUCAAGAUCAGUGAGCAGGAGAGACAGAGGCUGAGUGCCGAGCUGAAUGACAAACUGUCCAAGAUCGUCAUGAUAAAGAGCCGUUUUGAGGUUGUGACCCUUUCGAUGGCAGUUCCUGAGGGGGAAGAGGAGAAGUCACAGGCCUACUAUAUCACAAAGGCUGCACAAGAGAAAGAGGAGCUCAAGCAAACGGGAGACGCUCUAGAUGCUAAAAUACACAAGAUGGAGCUGGAGAACAGCGCUCUGGAGAACACAAUCCAGCUGUUCAACAACAGUAACUCAAUGUUUCGCAAAUCUCUCAACAAAGUCAAUGAAUCAAGUCCAGAAUACCAGGAAAAACUGAAGUUAGAGGAAGAGUUAAGUGCAGCUGAGGAUACAUUCAAGUUCAAGAAGAGACACGUCCAGGAGCUGCAACAGGACUUACAGGACAUGAACAAUACCUUUGAGAGUCUGCUGCAAGAAGAGCAGGUUGAGAAAGAUAAGAUGGAGUACAAACAAUCACUCAUCAGCAAACUGAUCAAAGAAAUCACCUCCCAGCAAGAGAAGAUUGACAGGGCAACCAAACAGUGUUCCAAGCUGACCAAAGAGAUCCGUGCAGCAAAUAACACCAAGUCUGAGACUUUAGAGGAAAAAGACAUUAAACUGAGGGAACUAGAAGAAUUCAACAAGAGCAUCGGUAAGAUGCUAAAUGAGGCCGUGGAGGACAAGCCUGAUCUCAGACCAGUGCUGGAGAAAUACUUCCUGCAGGCCAAUCUGUCUUUUCCAGCUCCUUCCUCCACGCCCACCAGCCAUCGCAGCUCCAAGACAAACUCCGCCCGCAGCUCUGCCUCCCUCAGGUCUCCUGCAUCUUCAGCCAGCAGCAGCCCCAGGGCCUCUGCACUUCAUUCUCCCGUGUUGAAGACUGUGGAACUGGGCUUAGACAUGACUGUGACCUCCCCUCCUCCCACCCCCUCCAGACGCUCCAGCUCUGCAAGUAGCAGCACCAGCAGCAGCAGGAAGUUGAAGAACUCCUAG